GUUUUUAGUACCCACACAGAGAAACUUCGAUCGGUUUAUUCCCUGAAAAAUCUUGUUGGCCGCGGCCGCACUAAGAAGUACUUACUUUUUUGUUCGUCGUCGAUGCGCAUGCCAGCACGCGAUGAAACCUUCGAUCAUACCUGACCCCGGUCGUGCCAGGUUUUAUGGUAUCGAUGUCGCCUGUUCUGCGAGAAGGCAGGCGAAGACACCGAGUGCCAGCAGACCAAUGCGCCAGCGGCCCUCGUCGCGGCCGGGGCUGCUGGCUGCUGUUCACAACGUUCGCAGUCGUGCUGGACCGCCUCGUGAAGGAGUUGCUUUUCGCCGCAGGCCAGAAUGAAGAUGGUGAUGGUAGUACUAUUGCAGCUAGUCAAGUUCAACAUCAUCAAACCGCUGAGGUCGAUGUCACCGAGAGGACAGAUGAGGAACAGCGCGAACAACACCAACCGACAGUACAAGAAUCCAAUGAAGACGCCACCUCCUCGCCUUUGGUCUGUUCCCUUCCGGUCGGCGAUCUGGCGCCGGAGUGGUUCCAGAAUUUCGGCAAUUGGCAAACGCGGUACGGCAGAGACAACCUAUCCUUGUCCAAACAUUUCUACGAAGAGAUGUUUCUCGGCAAGUUUUUGGCUGCAAAUUCCGAUGAAGAUUCUGAUCUUCAAGGUCGUGAAACAGCCGCUGACGCCAGGAAGACCACAUCACCACAGCAAGAACUUUUGUUCCCCGACGCGGUUCGCCGGUGUCCGGCCGCGACGCUGGAGAUCAUGAUGAACGGCGUGCUGCACGUGGACACGCACUACGGGCGGGAGGCUGCCAAGCGAUACGUGCAGUACAUCUUCGACCUGCGGGACGCGAUUAUGGAAAGAUUGGACGGUACUAGUAGUUCUGGUGCAUUUCCAUUUUCUUCGACCUCAGCUGUGGUUGUAGACGCGGACGGUGUAGACCACCCGCAGAUGAACGAGAAGCCGAGCGUUCCUACUGUCACGCGAGAGCAUGAAAUAGGCCUCCUACCCUGGCCACAGAUACCCCACCUGAUGAGCGAAGUCGCCGCCCUCGAGCGCCGCGACCCGGAAUUGUUAUCCACCGGCGAUAAACAGUACCAGCUGCGAAAUCUGAAGAUUCUGAUGCAGGAGUGGGAGGUCGACAUUGCGUUUGUGUACCCGAAAGUUUUCAACGUGCACGGGGAGCGUUAUGGCGUUCUCAACUGUUGCAUUCUCAUCUGUUGCAUGGAUUUGUGAUGCAAGAAUGGCAAAAGUCUAAGCAGGGUGGUUGCACCUGUAGCAUUACAAAUUCCGCACAGAUUUAGGCGCUGUUUAGCCUUUCCAAAAUUUGUCAUGCGAAGUAGCUUCACCCUGUGAGUGUUGAUGUUCGUUUUGCAUUACAAAUCAUGUAACAGUUGAGAAUGUAACAGUUGAGAACGCCAUAAGCGUCUAGGCCCCUUCGCGCCGAGGACCAGGACGACGGCUUGGAAUCGUGGCGCAAAUGUGGACAAUGAACUACAGAGCAGUAGUACAACAAAUUCUAGCACGGAGAACUACAAGCGUGCGUCGAAAUCUCCUGCAUCGUCACUAAACCACGGCACCGAACCUCAUCAAAGCGGAGAUGAUGAAAGUGAAACCGCUAGUACACUUUGCCACGGACAGCGAUUUUUCGUAUACGACGACCUGCACUUCUCGCUCUACACGCCCGGCCUCCUCUCCUGCCUGCAGGGGCAGUGGGGCACCGAGGUGCUGGUGCGGAGCUUUUUCGAGAAUAGCAGCUGCCGGACGUAUGACGAAGAAGCUGCGGACUGGUUCUACGUGGGUUUGUUUGCCACCUGCCGGUACGUCAAAUUGAAUGAGGGUGUGGUGGAUGAAGGCAAAGUGAUGAAUAUGCAUUGCAAAAGCACCGUACUACGUAUAAAUUGCAUUACAAAUUGACUUAGCAUUACAAAUUAAAUUUGUACUGCGGAUUUGCAUUAAGGAAAAGCUUUGUAAUGCAGAAACGCAAUUCUAGUACGAGUUCGAGUACGAUACAACUUUUGCACUGCAUAAUGAAAUCCAUGGACCAAUUGUCCACCGACUACAUCUGGGAAGCCGUGUAUCGUACGAAAAAACUGUUUCACUGUGAACUUGUGAUGCAGAGAAUGGAGCACAGAGCGAUUUGUUUUGCUACACCUGCAAGACAUUGGAUUUUUCCGCGUGUUUUCACUUGGGGAGCGCACAUGGCACAUUUUCUGUGUCAUGUGUAGCAAACUUGUGAUGCAGAUCUUGCAAGAUCAUCGCAGUGAAACAGUUUUUUCGUGGGAAGCCGUGUUAGCGUAUCUCCGCACCAGUAAGUACUACCACCGGCACAACGGCCAGGACCACAUUUUCCUUUUCGCCGACGGGCAGGGCCCCCGUAUUUUCGACAGCUACGAUGUUUGGCGGGCGGAGGCGGUGUUUCUCUCCCCUGAGGCGACUUGCCCCACGUGGGGCGAGAACAUGCGGAAAUAUGUGGAUGUGAAGCGGUGUCUCGGCCCCUGGAAGGACGUGAUCAUCCCCGGGCACACGGACUACGCGCGACUCGAGUACAUGAAGAAGCACGACAAACCCUCGCAAGACCGGCAGCUGCUCGCGACGUUUCACGGGCGCGCGCCCGGCGGCCACACGGCGUAUGAACACUGUGCAGUGAGGAGAAAGGUGAUGGACCUUUCCGGGUUUCCCGGGGUGGACGUCGGCGGGUUUGUGUCCGACUACUUGGAGCGGAAGGGGGAUAGCCACUUCUGUCUCGUUCCCGCGGGCACCUCCCCCUGGACCAACCACCUGUACGAAUCGUUUUACUCCGGUUGUGUGCCGGUGAUAUUGUCGGAUGAUUACUUUGUCGCCUUCCGACACGAGAUCCCGUGGGAGAAGAUCGCGAUCAAGUGGCCGGAAAGUUUGGUCGACAGCCGCCUGUACCAGUUUCUGCACGAUUUGGCGGUUUACGAGCCGGGGAGACUGAGGGAAAUGAAACAAAACGGCCGGAAAUACAGCUGCUUUUUCAACUGGUACUCUGUGGACGUGAAGUGCAACCCGUACUUGUUGAUUCUACGGCGGCUGAAGCUCUUACGGGAUAGGCGGCGAGAAGACCGGGAAUGGACGGUGGACAUGUUGGAAGAAGGAACAAUAAAUAGGGAAAAUGCAGAAGAAAUGAAUUCCAGAAACAGAGAGACAAACGCCGACCGGCGGUACUGGAACUACGAGGAAAGGGUCGUGCAGAAAGGCCUGCGCGAACUGGCGGACGAUCUACCGCGGGAUGCGGAAUCAGCCGCGCCAGAAUUUGGCACUAAAAAUGCUGGCUCACCAGCACCAACAUCAUCCUCCGAAAACGGCAGCACUCCCAUCGCGCCUCAUCUGUGGGACCCGGCUGAAUCGCUUGACCCCGCCUUGCUGCAGGGGUUGCGCAGCGUGAGCCUCGAGGCGACACAGCGCCCGAGGGUUUUUGCAUCAGCAAAAGUAAACGAAGAUCAGCACCACGAAGAUGAAACCAGAGAUCUGAUUGACUUUGCGCACCUGUUUCGGCCCACGAGGUUUAAAAAUUUCGUGCAAGAGGCAACGAACUUCACUUGGUAUUACAGCAAAGAAGAUCUUGAAGUUUAGAAAGUGAUAAAUGAACAUGAUACCGAACAAGUUGGUUCAAAAGCUCCUGCGUGCCGGCUGGCACGCUACAAAAGAAGAACCGCGCCAGUUCAGCAUCAAUUCAUAAGAAUCACAAUCAGAACGAAUAUUAGUAGUCGUAGAA